AUGGCUUCGGGGCCAAUUGAUGGAGAUGAUAGCGCCAAGGAGAAGCCGAGAUACACCGAGAGAAAGGUUUACACUAGGAAAGCGCUUAAAGGUCCUAAGAACAAAGGUAACACCGCUGCAACUACUACCAUCGGCGGCGACAACAGUCCGGGUAUCGUUACCACCGUUGAUCACAACAAUAAGAAUAACAUUACUGUCGAUUACGUCAACCCUAGGGCUAAGGAUAAUUGCAAAAACGCCUUGGUUCAGCCGGUGCUGGAGGAUGGGGAUUCAGCUCGGCCACACGUGAUUUCGAGGUUGGAUGUGGUUUCGGAUGAUUCGUCCAGCCUGAACCGUGCUCAGGAUGAGCCUUCAAGUGUUGCCGGCAUGCCACAGUGGUUGCCGGGGCCGGAGAGCUUUGUCAGGUUAAGUUUGGAUUGGCGGUCUAAGCGGGAGUUAAGGAGGAGGCUUGAGAGUGAACUUGAUAUGGUUAGGAAUUUGGUGAGUAGGAUUGAAGAGAAGUUGGGGGUGUUUGGUGGGUAUGGUAAUUCAGAUGUGAUGGUGGAUAGCGGAAUUGGUAAUGGGGGAGGAACUAAGCGUGCUCACUCGGAGGUUGUAUCGGUUGUUGUUUCACCGCGAGAGCCUUCUCGGCCUUUGCAUCAGUUGAGUGUGUCAGUGUUGGACAAUAAUCAAGGGGUUGGUGAAAUCGUUGAGAAGGAGAAGAGGACGCCCAAGGCAAACCAGUUCUAUCGCAAUUCAGAGUUCUUACUUGCGAAAGAUAAGUUUCCACCUGCAGUGAGUAACAAGAAGUCUAAAUUGAAUGGGAAGAAGCAUGGUGCAGGUGAGAUGGGACAUGUACAUGGAAUGGGAUCGAAACUUUUAAAGAGUUGUAGCUCGUUGCUUGAGAAGUUAAUGAAGCACAAGCAUGGUUGGGUGUUUAAUGCUCCAGUUGAUCCUGAGAGUCUUGGUUUGCACGACUAUUUUGAUAUCAUAACGCAUCCAAUGGACUUGGGUACUGUGAAGUCAAAGCUGAACAAGAAUUUGUACAAAUCCCCCAAGGAGUUUGCUGAGGAUGUGAGACUUACAUUUCGCAAUGCAAUGAUUUAUAAUCCCAAAGGACAAGACGUUCAUAUAAUGGCCGAGCAGCUGUCAGAUGUAUUUGAGGAGAGAUGGGCUAUAAUAGAGUCAAAUUACGAUCAGGAAAUGAGAUAUGACCUACAUUAUGGUGCCGCUGGCCCUGCACCUUCACCUCUAUCUAGAAAGGCUCCUACAUUUCGGACCCCGCCUAUUGAUAUGAGACGGAUUUUUGAUAGGUCAGAAUCAAUGACACAACAUCCAAAAAUCAUGAGCAUCGCUCCUUCGUCUCGAACCGCUGCUCCCAAAAAGCCCAAGGCCAAAGAUCCUCAUAAAAGAGACAUGACAUAUGAGGAAAAGCAAAAGCUAAGCACAAAUCUUCAGAAUCUACCUUCCGAGAAGCUAGAUGCAAUUGUACAGAUCAUUAAGAAGAGAAAUUCAGCACUUUCCCAGCAUGAUGAAGAAAUUGAAGUGGACAUUGAUAGUGUGGAUGCGGAGACUCUCUGGGAGCUUGAUAGAUUUGUCACCAACUAUAAGAAAAGUUUGAGCAAAAACAAGAGGAAGGUUGAACUUGCAAUUCAAGCUAGAGCACAAGCUGAGCAGAAUACCCUCCAGAAGAGUUUGGCACCAGUUAUGGUUGAGAUUUCAAAAGAAGCACAAACAGACGAAAGAAUUUUUCCCCCAUCCUUGCCUGUGCAAGGAGAAGUUCAAGUGGAUGGGAGUAAGACAAGUAGUUCGAGCAGCUCCAGCAGUGAUUCAGGCUCUUCAUCAAAUUCUGAUACUGAUAGUUCCUCAGCCUCUGGGUCUGAUGCUGGGUCACAUAGAACCUAA